AUGCCAACCAGCUCUUCCCCUCACUUCCUCAACAGCGGUCUCGACUUUACCCAACUAGAGGAAGCCUCGGAGUCGCUCUGCAUACAGACGCUUGAAGAUGAGAAGAGCGUGCAUCAAAUUCUAUCUCUCUCACGAGAGACUGUUAGCCACCUCAGGUUAAUGUAUGGAACUCUUAUGGGUAGCCUCUAUGUCCCAUCGCCCAUGUUCUACUUUCAUGAUCGAGCACGAGAGCUACGAUCACAUGACUACAUACACAUACGCGACUCGCGAGGUACUUGCAGUGCAGCUUUCACCUUUCUUCUGCACUCUGCCCGUGUCAGCUCAACAGGUUAUGAGCCCCGCCUAGGCUCCAUUUUUGAUCUUUGUGAAGAUUACGCCCGAGCGAACGUUGCAUACGCCCUUUUGGAGGAUCUCGCCUUUGUCGAAAUGGCGAAUUCUCGACCAGCCAAUCCUUUCCGUACUCCCGCACCCAUUUUCGACCCUUGGCAGAACCAAUGGGGAGACUCGCCUUUAACUCCUUUGCCCGAAGAAUACCAAACAUCCCCUCCCAGCCCCAUUCCCGAGACGGUGGACGAUGAUGAGCAACAACAACCACCGCCCCCAGUUCGUAACAUACUCAGGCCCGGCGGGCGGUACAUCAACCGCUUUCCCCAACCUCGCGGUCCGCAACCAGGUGUUGCCGGUUUCGGUAGAGCUAUUGGUGGUGGCGCACGUGCACCGCCCAACGCUGAAGCCUUCAUUUCGCCCAUUUGA